AUGGCCCCCAAGUCCAAGCAUCAGCAGACGCAUGGACCUUGGAGGUGCGGGCACUGCACCUCCAAGAAUGGGGACGGCUACGACUAUUGCUGGAAGUGUUGGAAGGCCAAGCCCGCUGCAGGCACAGCUGACGACACCAGCAAGUCCACCGACGAGGCCGACAAGGACAAGAACCCGACCGCCGAGCAGCUUGCCACGUUGCGGGUUGACGCGAUGCAGGCACAGAUCGACACGGGAGUGCCCAGGUGCUUCACCGAAUGCAGGGUGGUGCGAGACCGCAACAGGGUCGAGGAGCAGCGGGACAAGUGCAAGCUGCGCAUCACCAAGCUGGAGGAGGACCUGGCCAAGGCUCAGAAGGCGCUGGACGACGAACUUGCAGUUCUACAGCGUCACGAGGACAAGCUGCAGAAGCUCAACACGAAGAUCGAGGAGCUCUCGGUACCGAGCCUGGGCACGGGCUGGGGCGCAGCGGUGGCCUUCCUGGAACAGGCUGCCAAGUGCCUCAAGCACACCGGGGGUGGAGGAGGCAGCCAGGGACACAGCGACGUCAAGCUGAAAGAGGCGCUGGAGCACGCGCGGUCGCAGAAGAAGCUUGAGGACGAGAACGCUGCCCAGGCCGAACAGGCCCGUAAGGCCGCCGAGGAGGCCGGCCCAGCCGACACCGUCGUCAAGGAGGACAUGCUCGAGUUCCCCGCGGGCUCCGACGAGCAGGCGGUGCGCAAGAUCAUGCAGGACGGCGGCGUCACGCCCGAGCAGAUGGACGUGCACGAGUUCAUCACCAUCAACGCGAACUCUCUGGGCACGCUGGAGCGGGUCAUGAUGCAGGUGGGCUACUUGGUGCAGACGCCCGCCAUCAUGGCACAGGAGCUGCAGGCCGACGAGCACAGGAUUAACUUGUUCGUCGGGCGCAUGGAGAAGCUGGGUUGGAGGCUUGGCAUCGUGCCGAGCGUCAAAAAGGAGGGAGGCUGGAGUGGGGGAGUCUUGGUGGCCACGCGGCGCCGCCAGGGCAUGGACUUCGCACGGAGAGGUAUCAACAGCUGGGACAUCUCACCGCCAGCCUCGAGGGGAAGACUAGCCGUGGCAUGGCUAGAUGGAGUGUGCAAGGGAGGCCUGCUCUUCGGGUCGGCUUACCUUUGGACCAGCGAGGGCCUCACGCGCAGGAACGAGCUGAUCCUCACCAAGUGGGCGAGCGUCGUCAACGCCACUGGCUACCAGUGGGUGCUCGGGGGCGACUUCAACAUGGACCCGCACGUCAUCAGGGACUCGGGGCUGCUCUGCAGGAUGAACGGGAUCAUCGUGCACGACAGGCAGCAGGGCUCUUGUACGAUGCUCGGGCAGCAGUACGACACAGACUGCUUCAUCGUCUCGAAGAGCCUAGUCCUCGGGCCGCUGGAGGCGACGGUGCAGAACGGCUACAACGCGUCGCCGCACUCCCCCGUCGUGCUUCGGCUCGCGAGGCAGCACGGGGACGACCGGAUGGUCUACGUGCUCCAGAAGCCGCAGCGGCACGGAGGGCACAGCCAGGACGUCCUGGAUGGCCACUGGCGGGCGCUGGGCGUGGCCUACGAGGAGCACCUCAACCGCUUCCACAGCUUCGAGGGAGAGGAGUUGACGCGGCGGCAGGGGCACUACGAGCAGGCCAUCUACAAGUGGACCUGCGUGGAGGCGCCGAGGCUGAAGGAGGCGUCCAGGGAGCAGGCCUGGGCAGAGGCAGCCGAGUGGCUGUCACGACGGCUCAGGCAACUGGCAAACUUCGUGACGCGCUGGUGGACCAGCGGGACCGACGAGACGAGGCGGCAGGCAAUCCACGUGGCCGACACCAUGCUGGCCCACGAGAUCGUCAUGCCGCUGAUGAGGGCGGCCCCGGCCUGCCGCCCGCCACCGAAGAGGCAGCUGCUGGGGCCGCUGGAGACGACCCUGCCUGGGGGCGCCGCACCGCAGCGGUGCCCUUUUGCAGUUGGCCCGCAGAGUGAAAAGGGCACCGCGUGGGAAGACGAGGCGGCGUCGCUGGUGUCGGAGAACGAGGACACGUCCCUCCCCGACCUCCCCUGCGAGGAGGCGGAAGUGGUACAGAGCCGCCUCGCGGCUGGAGCGCUACCCCGCGGGGGGGAGCAGCCGGGCGCCGAGGAGCAGCUCACCUGGGAUACAGCGCAGUGGCCCGCCAUCGUGGACACGGUGGGCAGCAUCGACGUCGACAGGAUGACGGCUCAGGAGCUGCAAUACAUCGACUGCGUCGCGACCCUCCUGGACGUGGCUAGUGGCUACGUGACCACGGAGCAGCAAAACGAGAACAUCAGCGAGCACGCGCUCGCGAAACCCCAGGAGGCCGCUGACCACUCGCUCGCGGGCUGGGAGGCGAUCUGGGGCGAUGAGUACGACCCGACUGAGUACAGGACGCCACCCAUCACGCCCAAGGAAGUGCUGGACGCCAGUGACAAGUUCCGCGCCAAGACGGGCCUCGGAGAGUCGGGCUGGCAUCCGCGACUCUGGAAGCAGGGGGGCGUCCAAGGGGCAGCGCGCGUGGCAAGCGUGCUCAACGCGGUGGAGGCAGGGUCGCCAUGGCCCGAGCCUCAAUCCACCAUCCUGUUCUACCUGCUCGCGAAGCCCGCAGGAGGCUACAGGAACCUCGGCUUGAUCCCAGAGCUGGCGAGGUUGUGGGAGACCAUCCGGUUCCCUUUCGCCAGGCGCUGGGAGGAGGCGAACAGACGGGCUUAUGACUGGGCUGCCAAGGGCCGCUCAAGCGAGCGGGCGGCCUGGGCCCAGGCGCUCUUCUGCGAGGCGACCGUCGCGGAGGGGCUGGAGUACGCCGUGACGUACUUCGACUUGGUCAAGUGCUUCGAGUACGUGACCCACGAGCUGGUCUGGAAGGUCGUCCUCAGGAUCUACGCGAUGGUGAGGCGCAUCGUCCUCGACGGGUGCUACGCGCGUGGGCGGCGCUGGGCUAGGGGCAUUGUGGCAGGAAGAAGGUUCGCACCCCUCUGCCUCAAGAUGGUCCUAUACAUGGAGCUGGACGGGGUCGUCGAGGCCUUCCCAUGGGCGGACACCUGCCUGUUCUUCGACGACCUGGCGAUGGCGACGCACGGCGUCAGGGAGUUCGUGCAGUACUGGCAUUCCCAGCUUGUGCAGACGCUGAUCAACAUGUUCGAGGUGGUCCUGGACAUGCGGGUCUCCCGGGGCGAGGGGGGCAAGACGGUCACCCUGGCUUCGACCUCGGCCUUGAACGCGGAGCUCGGCAAGCGCAUCCGCACCCACGGCGUGAGGAUGGUGAAGGAAGAGAAGCACCUCGGCGUUACGACGGCCGCGGGCAGAUACCGGCGAGUGGGGGCUUUCAGCAAGAGGGCAGUCAAGUUCGCCGCCAAACGGGAUCGGAUCGCGAGGGUCCGGCGAUCCGGGGGACCGGCACACAAGGUGAUCAGGCACGCCAAGGUGCCGUCGCUGCUCUACGGCGUGAAUGUCCUGGGUAUGGCCGACACCAAGCUGGGCGAGCUGCGGCAGAGCGUGGCGACGGCCAUGGCUGGUAAUGCGAAGGGGCGGUCCACGUACCUGACGCUGCUGGCCGACGACGUAGACCCAGGCAUUCUGGCCAACGCGUCCCCGAUCCUGGCGUGGGCGCAGACCUGGCAAGAAGCAGAGGACGACCCGAGUCUCGUGCCGAGGCUCCAGGCCGCAUGGAAGCGGUGGGUCCUCCGAGUGGGCCUUGCGAAGGCCCCGUGGCAGCAGGUGAGAGGCCCAGCAGGGGCCUUCGUGGCGACGGUCAAGAGGCUCGGCUGA